GUACCAGAUGUGGCCGCAUACUCCACGUUCGGAGACGGCUUCAAAUGGCGCACCAACAAGCUCACCUACAGGAUUGAGAACUACACCCCUGAUCUGUCAGUAGCUGAGGUAGAUGAAUCCAUGGAGAAAGCCUUGCUGGUCUGGGCCAAAGUCACUCCUCUGAGAUUCACCCGUAUCAACAGCGGCACCGCUGACAUUAUGAUCUCCUUUAGAACAAGAUUUCAUGGGGACAAUUCCCCAUUUGAUGGACCAGGCGGCAUUCUGGCUCAUGCAUUCGCUCCCUCUCCUGGAAUUGGCGGAGAUGCACAUUUCGAUGAUGAUGAGUCUUUCACCUUCCGUUCAUCACGAGGGUUUGUCCUGUUCUUGGUUGCUGCCCAUGAGUUUGGUCACUCUUUGGGACUUUCUCAUUCCAACGUUCCCGGGGCUCUGAUGUAUCCCACGUACAGUUUCAGGAAUGUUAAUACCUUCUCUCUGGCCUCUGAUGACAUCAGAGGAAUCCAGUCUCUCUAUGGCCGGAACAAAGAUGGAACCCCAGACAAACCUGAUCCAAAACCACCCACGACUCCUGACGCUUGUGACUCAAACCUGAUCUUGGAUGCAGUUACAACAAUGAGGGGAGAAACAAUGUUCUUCAAGGACAGUUUCUUCUGGCGUAGUUCUCAGGGCAGAGUUCAGCAACAACAAAUCAAGAGUUUCUGGCCCAAAGUCCCAGAUAAUAUAGAUGCAGCUUAUGAAAGCCCAUUGCGGAAAAUAGUUUUCCUAUUCAAAGGUAGACAAGUCUGGGCCUUUUUGGGCAACCGUGUUAUAGCUGGGUAUCCCAAGACUCUCAGCAUCAUGGGUCUGCCAUCAUCUGUGAUAAGACUGAGUGCUGCCGUCCAUGACCAAAACUCUGGGAAAACGUUGCUCUUUGAUGGUAGACAUUACUAUAGCUAUGAUGAGAGAACAAAGAGGAUGGACCCAGGGUAUCCUCAACGAGUGGAAAAUGGAUUUCCAGGGAUGAUUGGAGAGGUUACCGCAGCCCAUCAGUUCGGAAGUUUUAUUUAUCUCUACAGUGGGACAAACAUGUACGAAUUCAGAGGCAGGGGGAGGAGGCUCUUCCGUGUGCUUAAAAACAAUUACUUCCUGCCCUGUUAGGACAGCUUCCUUGAAAACCAAUAAUGUGGAAUGUAAUCGAAGUAUUUUAAAACUGAAGCACUUAUUUAAAUGUAUGUGCACAUAAAGUGUUUAAAACCAAUUAAUUGUUCUUUGUACCUCUUCAACCUGCUUUUCAAAGUUGUCAUUGAACAUUUUUUGUAUUAGCUAAUAAAAAUAAUAGUAAUGAGAAGGAUGUAUAUUUACAGAAUGGUUUAAUAUUGUUGACUAUUUUUAAUUAAACUAAAGUCCCUAAUAUAUUUAAGAGGCUAUAACAAUAUGUUAAUUUUGGAAAUUAUGGGAUUACAGGCUUUACAGGCAUUAUGUUGUCAUGACAACAAAGUAAUAUUUGAUAUAACUACACUAAUUGGGGUUAGUAAGCGAUUUUAAUCACACAAAUGGAAAACUAAGGGAUUUAUUAUUAUUGUUAUAGUAAUUAUAAAAAAUGUGUUACAUUCCAACUGUAUUACAGUGGAGAAGUGUAAAAAAAGAUGGUUAAAAAAACAUAAUUAAAACUUUGAUCAAUAUCAAGUUGAUAUUGUAUGAAAUGUUUCUCCAUAUGAGAUUCUGAGAAAUGGGUGAUUUUCUAUAUGUCUUGCCUUAACCUAUUGUUGUGACUUACUGGUACCUCAGACAUGAAUGAACAAACAUCCCUUCGUAACAUCUCUGGGCAUGUUUGAAUUCCCCAGGGUUUGCUUUUAUUUUUAUCUUUCAUUCAUGUCAGAAUUUAGGAAAAUCUCUACUGGGAAAAUGUGCGUAGGCCUGCGCUUGAUGUGCCCUGGGGAACAUUCCUGAGGUUAUAUUAAACAACAACAAUCAAAACACUGUAAUGACCCUGCUACAGGCUAUGAGUUCAGAUAGAUUAUGGUGACAAGUACAGAUGAUUUAUUUUCUUAUUUUACUUUUUACAUAUUGCCAUUUAUUUGGUCUAUAAGAUUUAUGUUUCAGUGAGUUUAGGGAACUGGAGAUCUAAAACUGUGCUGUAAAAAUGUCUAACUUGUUUUAUUCAAGUAAUACUAAUUUGGAAGCGUUAGGUUGAGUAGAAAAGUUAUUUAAU